UAUGCUUCAACCGAAGCUACCAGUGUGACGUACAAUCUAGUUAACCGGACCCUUCUUCAACAACAGCUAGUCUGCCACCACGGUAGCUUGCUAGCUAACAUAGCCGAAGCAUUGGAGAUCUUUAGAUCAUUUCGUUCUAUAUUAGCCACUGUGUUUUAAAAACACCUCCGUCGUUGUACAGUAUAAAGUUAGCUAGUUACCCCCUUUCAUUUCAUAUUUACGUUGCUAUAGCUAGCUGGGUAGCUAAAACAGCCUAACAGGCUAGUCGCUCAGGCUAACAAACUAGCCAACCUCUCUGAGCAUGAGUUUACUAAAAUACUCUCCAUCUGCUAAAGAAGAGGGGGUCUGCUGGACGGAGAAAGAAGCUCUGGGGCUGGACAUUGUCGUAAAAGAGGAGGAGGAGGAUGUUCCAGUGAAAAAAGAAAAUAAAGAAAUUACAGUGAAAGAAGAGGAAGGAGAGUUCAGAGUGAAAGAGGAGGAGGAUGUUACUGUGAACGAAGAGGAGAAAGAGAAGGAACAGGAUACCUUUUUUGGAGUGAAGGAGGAGGGGGAGAUAACUGUCACACUGAAAGAGGAGGAUGAGACUGGAGAUCUGAUUAACACCGAAGAGAGACCAGACUCUCACUCUGACAGCGGGAAGAGUUCUUCAGGGGAACCAGAUGCAGAGACGUCCAAACAAGCGAGACGACACCACUGUUCCCAGUGUGGAAAGAGUUUUACUCAGUUAAGGGGCCUGAAAAUGCAUAGGAGAAUACAUACAGGAGAUACACCUUACCACUGUAUCCACUGUGGAAAGAGUUUUAGGUGGUUAGGGAGCCUAAAGGACCAUAAGAGAAUACACACGGGAGAGAAGCCUCACCACUGCUCCGAGUGUGGAAAGCGUUUUACCCGAUUACUACACCUGACAUCACAUCAAAGGACACACACAGGAGAAAAGCCUUUCCCAUGUUCCCAGUGUGGAAAGGGUUUUACCCAGUUAGGGAGCCUGAAGGAGCAUGAGAGAAUACACACAGGAGAAAGCCCUUUCCCAUGCUCCCAGUGUGGAAAGAGUUUUACCCGUUUAAGGAGCCUGAAGGGGCAUGAGAGGACACACACAGGAGAAAGGCCUUUCCAAUGUUCCCAGUGUGGAAAGGGUUUUAACCGGAUAGGGAGUCUGAAGGAGCAUGAGAGGACACACACAGGAGAAAAGCCUUUCCAAUGUUCUCAGUGUGGAAAUAGAUUUACCCGGUUAGGGAACCUGAAAGGGCAUGAAAGAAUACAUACAAAACCACAGGAGGAGGAGGAGAAGAAAUACCAUUGCUCUCAUUGUGGAAAGAAAUUUUUCCGAUCAGAGGACCUGAAAACACAUGAGAGAAUAGAGAGGCUGUGUUCUGACUUAAGUUUUUGACUGAGAAUGUGUGUUUUUGUUCAUGCCACAUGAAAUCAAAUUGUAAAUGCAAAAGCUUGCUAAAAAAUAGGCCUACAUUUGUUUUUCAUUUUUAACCUCGCGACAUACAGGGUGUUUCUCAAUAUGCAUACAUUCUCUUGAGUACUUUCUUGUGAGGAUGAAUGUGGAGAACAUUUGAUUUGAGAAGCAAUCGCACUCCCCAUACUGUAUUACUUCACGCUGCAUCUCCCCAUUCACUGAACCUUCUUCCAGCCAGGAAAAUGGAAACAAUAGAGAUGAAACAAGAUAUACACAAAGCAAAAGUUUUACUUCAUAAUUAUCAGCUAGAUAUAUGUGAAUCGUAAUCUAACUGUCCAUCUAGCUAGUAAACAGGCAAAAAUGAUCUAAAACGAAUGUUAUGCAAGGUAGAUGUCAAUUCUUCAUGUCUUGCUAGCUAGCCAGUAAGUCCUAUUGACUUACUUUGGACUUACCCAUUCACUGAACCUUACUUUUUCUAGGCAGGACAAUGGCAAGAGACGAAACAAGAUCUACACAAAGCAAACGUUUUACUUCAUAACUAUCAGCUUGCUAUAUGUGAAUCGUAAUAAUAUAGAUAACCAGAUAGUAUAACAAGCAAAAAUGACCUAAAACUAUUGUGAUCCAAGGUAGAUGUAAAUUCUUUGUGGGUAGCUAGCUAACAAUUCUUUGUGGCUAUCUGGUUAGCUAACAGUAGUAGCUAGCCAGUUAUCUCUAUUGAUUUACUAUGGGCUUAGGACCUACGCACACUACAGUGGGUAUUGUAGGCAGGUAACCAUGCCAAAAUUAACACUGCGUGUAUUUAUUAACGUAGCAAGAUAAAAUAUUGCAGCCAGGCAACAUAUGAGAUGUGAAUAGGCAACAUUUCAUUCCGAAGUCGGAGUAUAUUUUCUCUUUCUUCAGCUCAAAUAAUGGUCGCCAUUGAUUUCAAGAAAAUUUGAGAAACAUCUACGGUGUCUUCAGAAAGUAUUCACACCCCUUGACUUUUUCCACAUUUUGUUGUUACAAAGUGAGAUUAAAAUGGAUUUAAUUGUCAUUAUUUGUCAACAAUCGACGCAAAAUAAUCAGUCAAAGUGUAAGAAAAUGUAUUACUUUUUAUUCAUGGAAAAUAAGACACUAAUAUAUUUUUAUUUCGAUAUGUAUUCAAACCCCUGAGUCAAUACAUGUUAGAAUCACCUUUGGCAGCAAGUACAGCUGUGAGUCUUAAGAGCUUUGCAAACCUGGAUUGUACAGUAUUUGCCUAUUAUUCUUUAAAGAAUUAUUCAAGCUCUAUCAGGUUGGUUGUUAAUCAUUGCUCGACAGCCAUUUUUAAGUCU